AUGGCGCCGAGAAGGAACAAAGGCAAAGAAAAGGUUGAUGAGGUUUCAAGUUCCUUUUCAGCUAAGGCCUCUAUUGCAGACAAUGACGUGAGCCUAGAAAUUGACGUUCCUCCAGGCGCUAAAUUACUUAUGGAUUAUGAAGCAGCGCUUCUUCUGCAGCAGUUUUAUGAUGAAAACUUGCCCACAUUUACUAAACAUGGGAUCCAGAUGACCGAGACUUUUGAAAGUGCGUUGCAGUACGUGAAUGAAGCAGUGCAUUACACCAACAUAGAUUAUGUUCAUGGCGUCUUGGGCAGUCUCAGAGAUUAUGGAGUCACUGAUGAGGAGAUUUGUAUGUUGGGAAAUACUUGUCCAGAGACCUGUGACGAGGCUCUUGCGUUAAUACCAUCAUUGAAGGAGAAAGAAGAUUGGAUUGGAGAAGCUCUUGCGACUGCUCUAUCCACUCUUGGACAAUUAAAAGUAACUAUGGGGUAG